AUGUCCAAAUUCCGUUCCCAACGCAAGAAAAACGCUCGGUCUAUCGCCUCCGAGGACCCCUGGAGGGUUGAGGCCCCGUUCGGCCCGCCUCGUAUCUCACACUUCCCCGGGGGCGGUAUCCGUCGAAUCCGCAACACACUACAAAAGCUGUCCCCUACGGCACGCGCUGAACGAGAACUUCUGAAACAGAAGAACCGAUAUAAGAUUCCCCUGACGGAAAGAAAUGUCGAUACGUUCGUCACCGAGCAGCAGUUCACCGAGGCGUGCUACCCCGAGAAGCAUAGCAAUGAGUUACAUGUCUCCGCCUGGCUUGAGCGACUGUCGUAUUGA